AUGUGCACACAUAAAAGUAUAAAUAAUAGUAUAUUCAUUACUUACACUUCUUUAUUCUCUGGGAUAAAAAGCUCCUUUGGAGGAGGCAGAAACACCAACAGUAGGAGCAGAACGAAAAGGAGGUCCACUAGACAUCACUUUGACGAGGACAAUUACACAGAAGACACCUUAACAACAUAUUCCACAGAAGGUUCAAAAACAGUAGCUUCUACAAUAGCAGAUUCGACGGAUAUUUCUACUGUAUAUAAAAGACCACCACCACCACAAUCACCAUCUGCUCGAAGAGGAACAAAUAAUAGAGGACGGCAAAGAACCAAUAUACGUUACCAUCCCUAG